AUGCUGCAGAAUGUGAAUGUGAAUGUGAAUGUUCCCGCAUCACAUGUCAGCGCGAGCGCGAGUGCGAGUGCGAGUGCGCAUGGCGAGGCGAAUGUCCACCAGCACCCGUCAGACACGCCCACCGUGUCCAAGUCUCCUUCACCCUUGGCAUGCGAAAGUAGACGAAGUGACACUCCUUUCUCGUAUUACGAGUCGCAGACGACCACCAGGGCACCUUCACCUGCCCAUGCCCUCUACUCCACCACCACCGAGAAGAGCAAAGGAUCAGAAGCGCAGCAGCAGCAGCAGCAAGACACAGAAAAGGGUCUGUCGGCUUUCGAAUCGCGCAAAGGAGAGGGCGAGGCGCAUCGUUCGGAUGAUGCAGGCUUGACGACAUGCUCCGCAACAGCCUUGAAGCGAUCCACAACGACUCAAAGAGCCGAGAUGCUUUCGCUGCCCACGGACCAGCUACCCACGCGAUUGCCCAAGAGCACAAAGUGGACCUACACCAUACUGGCCGCCCUUGUCUUUUUCAACACGGGCUUUGCCGCGAGCGCACCCAGCGGGGCAUACGAGAAGAUCGUUGCGGAUCUGGGCAUGACUAGUCUGCAAGGAAGCGCAGUGACUAGCGUGUACCUUGCUGGAUUGGUGUUUGGACCGAGCAUCUGGGCGCCCCUUUCGGAAAGAAGAGGGAGAAAGAUGGUCAAUCUGCUCAGCCUACCACUCUUUACGUGUUGGAACGUAGGCUGCGCCCUCGCGCCAAACAAACAGACGCUUAUAGUCAUGCGCUUCUUUGCUGGACUCUGCGGCUCAGCACCCGCAUCGAAUUCUGGCGCUUGGAUAUCCGACGUCUUUGAACCGAGGGAGAGGGUCGCUCCGAUGAUGAGCUACACAUUCUCUGCCUUUCUCGGGCCCAUUCUCGGUCCCAUUGUCGGAGGCUUCUUGGCAGAUGCGAAUGCCUGGAGAUGGAUCUUUUGGUUGAUGUGUAUCCAGGCUAUGGUAUUCUGGUCGCUCUGCUUGAUCCUUCAGCGAGAAUCCUACGUUCCCGUCUUGGUCGUUCGUAGGGCCUCCAUUUUGCGCCAAACGACGGGCGACGACUUGAUUCGCGCGCCGCUGGAAAAGGAACCGCUAAAGGUCAAGGAUGUGAUUCAUACGCAUAUGCUCAGACCUCUUACCAUGCUCGUCACGGAGCCUCCGGUCAUGUACACCGCUGCCUGGAUGGGCUUCUCAUACGGUCUCAUCUUUCUAUACCUGGAAGCCUUUCCGGUGGUCUUUGGAAAGAUGCACGGUUUCAACGCUGGUGAAGUCGGUUUGUCUUUCUUACCCUUGGCCGUCGGCAUGGUCCUCUCCUUUCCCGUCGUCGCACACUACAACAAGCGGUACCUUCGAGCACGACAAGCUGCAGGCAAGCCAGUUCCAGAAGCGCGGCUGAGCAUGACGUGCCUAUCCGCGCCGUGUUUCGCCAUUGGUCUAUUCAUGUUCGGCUGGACCAGCACUCCCAACAUCCACUGGAUCGUGCCCAUGAUUGCCGAGAUCCCGCUCGGACUGGGCUUGAUCUUUGCUUUCAAUAGCUUGGGAGUCUAUGUGAGCGAAUGCUACCUCAGCUACGUCGCUUCCGCACUCGCCGCAGCUGCGCUCUCCAGAUCCUCCUUUGGCGCUUUUUGCCCAUUGUUCGGUCGGCCCGCUUUCGAGUGGAGCGUACCCUACAUGUGCUCCAUACUGGGAGGCCUUUGCCUCCUCGUCUCUCCUGUUCCUUUUUACUUUUCAAAGUAUGGCCCGGCACUUAGAAGACGGAGCAAGCUCGCUAUCAAGUAG